UUGAUCUCCGACAACAGUAGCUCGGCGGGUUGCAUUAGUUUCGCUCUAGUUAUUGUGUGAAAAGGGCAAGAAUAUCCGGAGAAAAUGCAUCGAUCUUAUCAGUCUAUCCUCCCCUGCCACAAUAAGUUAUUACAACAGAGAUGGGAUGAGACAUAUUACAAUGAACACAGGCGAAAGGUAGCGGAGGUAAAGCCCAUGGUCGACACCAAGGCGCCAAGGACUUAUAUGCAUUUACAUUUGAAACUAAAGAAAUUACAAUUAGAGGAAGAACGUCUAGCGACAAUUGAGAGGGAUAACCGAAUUCUGUUGGAAAAGAUGGCAUAUAUCAUGAGAACGCGAGGACGAAUCGAUAAUAGAAAUGACUAUGAAUACAAAAGUUUGAACCGAGAAAAACGAAAACGUGAAUUGCUACGCAUCACCCAUGACAACCAAGAAAUCCUUCGCCGCAUCACGCUACGACAGCCUGAGUACGAUCAUAUCAAAUGGCAGAUGGAUUGGGAAGAGAAUCAGCACUUUAUGGAUAAUAUCUCACAUUAUCCCAAGGAGUGGUGGCUCAUGCAAAAGAGUGCUUAUGGUGGUGCCAGUAGUCGACAGCAGAGCGCUCGGGAGAGUGCCCGAGGCAGUACUGCCCGCAGUCAAAAGAACGAGGGUGCCCAGUCGGGCGGUGAGGCAAAGGAGGAGAAGCAGGAAAGUGAACAGAAGCCGGAAAGUGAGAAGGAGCCGGAAAGUGAGCAGGCGCGGGAAAGUGAGCAGCAGCGGGAAAGUGAGCAGGAGCAGACAGAGCAGGAAGAACAGCAGGAACAGGACUAAAUCGCCAAAUUGAGAGAGAUUUGAAUUACGAUUGAGAUUGAUGCGUUUAUGAUGAGGUAGUGGCUAUAGAAUCUGCUAGGUGGCGCAGUCAGUUGUGUACCUUUUCAAGGCUCAUGAGGAGGCCGGUUUCAUACCAGAAGAACAAGAAACAAGGUGAAACGACUUUGGCAAACCAAUCUCGUCUUGCAACGUCCAAUCUGUGGUUGUGACGUGAUUUGCUUCCCCUGUUCGUUGGCUCUGUUACUCGUACUGCACGUCAUGUGACAUCGUUUACAUCAUCAGCAGUUGGCAUUGUCUCACGAUGUUUACACAGGCCUUUGAAAGGUACACGCCUUGCUGCGCCAUCUAUCAAAGUCCACUACCCCAUGGUUGGUCCUUAGGGAAGUGAAAAUUAUUCAUGGACUGAUAUGGGUCAGUGCCCUUGUUAUAAGGGGUACUGUUGUGUCAGAGGUGACCUUGAAAGGGAGGUUUAUCUGUACUUGUUCUAAACCUUACAAAAAAAGCCAAGAUCAUCAGUUCUUUGACUAGAGUGUUUGGUUUAUCAGAUAACGAAAAUCUUGUUAAAAAGAUUUUUGACAUCUAAAUAUGUUUAUAUUUGACUUCAUAAAGUCGGUGAUAUCAUCCAUCAAAGUUUCGAUGCUGUGAUUACAAUAGCCAUAAUAGCUGGCUGCGUUAUAUAGAUUGAACUUGAGCUCAGUUUAAAAAAAGUCAGUCAUGACUGUACAUGCUGAUUUAAUACCUAAAUGUCAAGAUUACCGACCAAUCAUGAAUUGAGAUUGUGUAUCGAAUGAAUUAUUGGAUUGUAAAGUGUUAGAUCAUGAGGUAAUGAUUAUUGAUUGAUUUUAAUAUGGCAGUCGAAUUUUGAAAGGCGAGGUGAGGUUGUUUAUCAAAUUUUGUCAUUGGCAUAAAUUCAUUCGAUCUGAUAUCAUUGAUGUACAAGUGCUUUAAAAUUUCUGUUUUCCAUUUCCCAUCUGGUUAUUGUGUAAAUUGACCCAAAAAAUCCUCUCGUGGCAGUAUUGAUCAGCCCACUUUGGUUUUAUUGCAUUAAUCAACCUCAGCCCAGCAGGUGAUUUAAAAUUUGGUUUGCCAUGCUCAUAUGAAGUUCAUUGUAACCAUGACAUCCUCUGACAGUUUGUUUUUUUACAAAAGUGGCAUUAUUUUCUAUACAUUGUAUACGUGUUUGACCUAGUAAAUUAAGACUGGAUCAGAAUUUGAUCUGGUCUGAAUUUGAUUUUUGUCCGCACUGUCAGAAUUUGAUCCGGUCUAAAAUCGAUUUUUCUCCACUAUUAGAAUUUGAUCUGGUCUAAUUUUGAUUUUUCUCCACAUUAUCAGUAUUGGAACCGGUCUAAAUUUGGUUUUCUCCACUCGAUUAGAAUUGGAUCCGGUCUAAAAUGUGCUUUUCUCCACAUUAUCAGAAUUGGAUCUAGUCUAAAUUUGCUUUUGCUCCACACUAUCAGAAUUUGAGCCGACCUAAAUGUGCUUUUUGUCCGGACAAUCAGAUAUUGAUCCGCUGGAGGAGAGUGCCAACAAAUGACUGAACGCCACCUGUGGCCAAACUCUGAACGUUAUGACCUGGCUAUUUCUGUCCACACUGUGGAAAAAGGCUUAAAAGCUCGUCCGGAUAGGGUAUGUAAUAAACGUGUAAGGUUAAAAUCUGAAGAAAUUCUCUAAGAGCUGUUUAUUUACAGAACUUUGUUUCUCGACCAUGACAUUGAUGUAUUCCUGUAUUAUCCGAAGUAUUAUGUGGUGUAUUGCCUGUCGUGACUUACUGCUGAGUUUCAUUAAAUAUUAGUAUAAUUUCAGAAUUCAUGUAUUAUCAAUGACCUUUUAGUUGUUCAUCCAGAUGAGGACUAACUUUCGUAGUACAUGUUGUGGAUUCCAUUGGUUGCUAUGGACUGUUGUGGGUGCCUAGAUACAGUUGCCAUGGUUACUGUUGUAGUCCCCAUGGCAGCUAUGAGCCAGACAACAUUGUCAUGGUAACUCAUGUGCCAACCAUGUCAAUGGAUGCCGUUGCCAAGGUUCGAACCAUGUCACUAGAUAAUGUUGCCAUGGUUACCAAUGUAGUUGCCAUGGCAACUAGAUACGAUUGCUAUGGUAAUAAUUACAUUCCACUUUUUUAAUCAUGAUCAUAUUCUUGCCAAACAGUCAUUUUGUCCGAUUUUCGAAAGUGAAGUUGUGUCACAAUCAUUCUACAUGUACCUGUAUUCCCAAAGUAUGUAUUAUUAUUCUCACAGACUCAUCAACCUUUCCAUUAUUCAGUGGUUGUGAUACAUGUAGCAUAUGAUGUUUUGUAUACGAAAUCUUUGAAAUAACACUUUUGUGCAACUUUAAAAUCCAUUUCAUGACACUAUUUGUAUACAAAAUCUUCGAAAUAACACUUUCAUGCAACAUUUAAAUUUUCUUACGACACUAUAUUUCACAUAUUUUGAACGAAGGUAUGAAUUUCAGCAAUUUUAUCAAAUCAGAUUUGAAAAGAUUUGAAUCAAGCAAUUUUGUUUUUGAAAUCAUGUUAAAAUGAAGUCAUUAGGAUUUUGUUUUAUAUGUGUAAUGUAAUGUGCAUAUACAUGUACAUGGCUGUGUGCAUGUACAUGGCUGUGUGCAUGUACAUGACUGUGUCAUGUAUGUGCUCCUCCGUCUGACAUGUAAAUGGCUACAUCCUUUGGGGCAAAAGUGAAUAAUGUUUGUCAAACUAUUUUAUCAUCAACGGUGCAUCAAUUUAUGGAUAAACUGUUGAAUUCACACGCUGUCAUUGACUGUACUGUGACGUUUUUUUUAUGUGGUGUCGUUACGUUUUCAAGAUUCUUGUCUUGCUUGAUUUUCUAGACUAGAAUUUUCUCCGCUAAAUUCCCAUGUUAUGCUGAGGCUGGUCAAGCAAACUUGGGGUGUAUGCCUGUCAUCUUGUCUUGGCUCCAGUACCAGUAAAUGAGUAGGUUUGAAAGCAAAUGCAAGAUAUAUAAUGAAGUCUUUAAAAGACUUGAAAGUGUAAAUUUGUAUAUUUCAGCAAUUUUCAAGUCUUUACUAGUCGUUAACUGUGAUAGUGAUACAUGUAUGCCUUGUGAUGUGCGUUGUUUGCAAUGUACAUGUAUGCUAUGCUUAUUAAUUUAUAGAAGCCUGGAGUUAUAAACUGAAGUAGAAUGCCUUUUGGCAUUCGUGUAGCAUGUAUCUUUACUAGAGCAAGGUAUACUACGCUUAAUCGUCAAUGCCUCGAGCUUUUGAGCUGUCUACUUUGAAAUAGCGUAAUAGAGUUUCUCGAAUCAUGUAGUGAUGUAAACUUUUCCCAAAAUCAUUAAGAAUAUUCUUUGCGACAGAAAUGUAAAUAUUUUUCCAAAAAUACAGAGUGUGAAUUAAAAUGUUUCCCCAUUGAAAGGCCUGCUGACACUUUCAAAGGCCUAAUAAUGCUUUUGAUUGGGCCAUGUUUUAAUUUACACCCUGUAUAUCAUAUCUGGUACUGAAAAUUAAAUAUUUCUCAAAAUGAAGAAGUCAUUGUUGCUGCUGUUUAAUGGUGAAAAGUAUAAUGUUCUUGUCUUUGGAUUAUGGGCCAUUGGAUACUAUCUUGUGGACAUUUUAUGUAACAUUUUUGAGAUGUAUAUACUUUUCUAAAUAAAUGGCUGUGAAUAUGUGUAACAAA